AAAGAUGUUUCUUCAACCAAAUUCCCGCGACGAUUGCAAGAGCCAGAAAAGUUUUCCACGAAAAAACCAAACGACUACAGAACAAAAAUAAUGGGAACUUUUUAAUUUCAAGUUAACCACCGUGCCGGUGCGGUUGCGUCUGUCACCGCCUGUAUCCAACCCUACCAGAAGCCGAAGCCACAGCCACACUGCUUUUUCUCACCGAAUCUGUCUCCGCUAUUCCCUUGGAUCGAACAUGCAAGGCAAUGGUCUCAAUGGCUUUUGAUUCCCAUCUUCUCCAGCAGCCGUCUGGAACCUGACGUGGUCCCAUGUAAUUCCAGCCCCUCUACAUUGUGCUUGCUGAAGCCCAUUUAUUGAACCCUACCAGCCAAACCCUGUUUCGCCAUUCCUUUCAAGUUAGAAUCAGAUUUCUCUGCAGGCUGGCGUGUGUGAUACUUCAUUUGGGUGCCUUCUGUUUCUCGUCAUCGUAAUUGUUUGUUUCGUUAUGUGGCUGUGUGCUUCUAGGAUCUUGAAGGAUUUUAGCUGGGUGUUGGAUUCAAGUCAUAGUUGACCAUUUUCUUGACGGAAGCAAAUUCACUAAAUCCUCUGAGCUAACCUGUCCUGUAAUUGCUUCGGAGCCUCUUUCUUAGUGAUAGGUUCCGAGGCAAAAAUUAUUCGAUCAGGCGCCAAAAUGGAUGUCAAAUAGUUCGAAAGAUAUGGUUGGCGGUGACAUGUUGUCUUUGGCAGCUAUAGGUUCUUCUGAAGUUUCAGAAGCGUCCCCUGAUUCGCUAAAGAACACGCCCUCUAACAUUGCAAAAUUGGAGGAUGUCAUCGAGCACUGCGAAGGUAGGCAGAAGUAUCUUGCACAGACAAGGAGUCCUUCCGACGGCGGCGAUGUUCGCUGGUAUUUCUGUGAAGUACCUUUGCUUGGGAAUGAGCUAGCAGCAUCAGUUCCUAAGACUGAAAUAGUUGGGAAGGGUGACUAUUUUCGAUUUGGCAUGAGGGAUUCUCUUGCAAUAGAGGCAUCUUUCUUGCAGGUGUAUUUUUCGACCUCUUGGGUAGUCAGUUGAUGCUUAUGUUCACCCAUAUUUCAUGAAUUGCUUGUAGUGAACUAUCUUGUAUUUACCUUCGACAAUAUUUUUAACUCAUGAAAUUGUCUUCCCACUCACCUGCAUGUGUGCUGAAUUCAUUAUUGGAUGCUAAUUGUAGUUUUAAUCAAGUGAAGGAUACAAAAUUUGAUGAUACCAUUUUAUAAGGAGU